GCUUAACCUCCGGCCCCGGGUCUGGUAGGAUUGUUAUGUCGGAUCUUAUAUCAAAUCCAACGAAUCGGUCGACGGCCAGUCGACUAGUCGAGUGGUUUUACCAUUUGCAGAGGGAAUCGGGGAGGAAAAAAACAGGAGCAAAAAUGGAGUUUGAGAAGAGAAAAGCAGCAACAAUGGCGUCAAUAGCAUCAACAGAAAUUGAUAAAUCUCCCAAAGGCACAAUUGAUACACCAAUAAUCCCUCUUCUCAACACCAUAAACAACCAUCCUUGUUACUUCACUACCUCUUCUUGCUCUGGUCGAAUCUCCAUUUUUUCUCAUCUCCCAAACAAACCCAAAGGAGGUUUUUGGUUAUUCAUCUCUCAUGACCCAGUUAAUCCCUCUUCAAUCCUCAAUAUCAUUUUCCCUACUGACUCAAAUAACUCGUCCGAAACGACUCACUCUGAAUCGUCCGAGUUAGUCUUCCGAUUUGAGCCCCUCAUUAUUGCUAUUGAGUGUAAGGAUGUGGAUUCAGCUCAGUUUUUGGUAUCUUUGGCUAUUUCUUGUGGGUUUAGGGAAUCUGGGAUUACAAGUGUGAGUAGUAAGAGGGUAAUUAUUGCUGUUCGUAGUUCUAUAAGAUUGGAGGUUCCUUUGGGUUGUAAAGGUAGAAUUUUGGUGUCUUCUGAGUAUUUGAGGUUUCUAGUGGACAUUGCUAAUGAAAAAAUGGCUGCUAAUUGGAAAAGAACUCAAGGGUUUUUGGAGGGUUUAACAAAAAAUGGUUUUGUGGGUCCCAACGAGGCUGCUGAGUUCAGAGGUGCUGAUGUUGGUGGUUUAGUCUGUGAAGAGGAGAAAUGUGUUGAUGUUGAUUCAGAAGUUACUUUGGACACGGAUUCUGGGCCAUCGGGAAUUCCUGGUUCCAGCCUAGACAUUAUUCCCAUUAAACUUAUGGGUGAACAAGUGGAGAGGCUCUUCCUAUGGGGUCAUUCUUCUUGCACAGUUUGCAAUGCUGACUGCAACCAGAUUCUGAUCUAUGGUGGUUUUGGAGGCGUAGGGAGGCAUGCACGCAGAAGUGACUGUAUACUACUUGAUCCAUCAUCUGGAAGAUUUUCUGUUCUGAAUGUUGAGGACAGUCCAUCUCCACGUAUGGGUCACACAUCAUCAUUAGCUGGAGGUUUGAUGAUUGUUAUUGGAGGCCGAGCUGAUCCAACCAAUAUUCUGGAUGAUAUAUGGAUCGUUGAUAUCACAAAAGCUCAAUGGAAAUUUGUACGCAACACCAAUGAUGUAUUUGCCCCAAGGCAUCGUCAUGCUGCAGCCGUUGUAGGUUCAAAAAUCUAUGUAUUUGGUGGGCUUAAUAACAACAUAUUGUAUUCUUCCUUACUUGUGUUGGAUGUGGAGACUUUAAAAUGGGAGGAUAUAAAUGCAUAUGGAGACUUGCCGUGUGCCCGGCAUUCACAUUCGCUGGUUGCUUAUGGAAAUAUGUUGUACCUGUUUGGUGGAUACAAUGGCGAGAGAGCACUGGGGGACCUUCAUAGUUUUGAUGUUCAAGAAUGUCGAUGGAAUAAAGUAAAAACUGUUGGAAAGGCUCCCUAUCCAAGGUUCUCGCACUCAAUGUUUGUGUAUAAAAGCUACUUGGGAAUUAUUGGGGGUUGUCCUGUCAGACAGCAUUGUGAAGAGUUGUCCCUGCUUGACCUACGAAGUUUUUCUUGGAAGCAUGUGAUAUUGAAUUCAGUUCAUAAACAGUUGUUUGUUCGAAGUACAGCCAAUGUUAUAAAUGAUGAUUUGGUAAUGGUUGGUGGUGGAGCAGCCUGUUACGCUUUUGGUACAAAAUUCUGUGAGCCUUCAAAGAUCAACUUACGUUCUAUGUUAACUCUCAAUGAUGUUAAGGUGUCCUCCGUGUCCGAUGAGAAACAGAUUACUCCCCCACAUGAAGAUACCGCUGAGAAAAGAUGUAACGAUUCUGGUUUUCUUCAGAACCCAAAUGUACAAUCAUCUGGGUUGGAUACUAAAUUGAAUGUUGAUUGCAAAGCAACUCGUAACAAUGUUGACUCAGCAAUUGAGAAUUUUUGUUGGGUUCUAAAGCUUGAAAAGAGGUAUGCUAAAUUAGGAAAGGACAUACUCAAGAAGUUCGGUUGGCUAGAUCUUGGUCGAAAAGUUUAUUCCCAUGAAGAUGGUUCUUGCAUAUAUUUCCCUGUUACUGAAAAGUUCAGUGUUAUAUUCUGGGAUAAGAUAACUCAACAAAAAGGGCCACAUGAAAGAUUGGGUGACCUUAAUAUGUCAAAAGAUUCUAUUGAUUCUUGUGCUACUGCCUUGGAUUUUUUAGUGGUUUGUGGUGCGUCUAAGCACAUCGAUGAGUUAAUUGCAAUGAAGAAGUCCCCUUUGUCCCCUUUGAAAGCAAUGAAGGGAGCUGUGGCCUCUAUACUGAAACAUAAACGCCUAUCUGAAGAGCUCUUAGAGCAGCUACCAACUAGAUGGGAGCGGCUUGGUGAUAUAGUUGUCCUUCCUAUUAACUCCUUCCAAGAUCCUGUAUGGGACACAAUAGGUAGUGUGCUUUGGCUUGCUGUUGCUAAGACUCUUGGUGCUCGUCGUCUUGCUCGCCAGGGCCGUGUUGCUUCAACUGGAACACGAGACAGUCGUUUAGAAAUACUUGUUGGAGAUCAUGGUUGGGUGGAGCAUCGAGAAAAUGGAAUAAUGUAUUGCUUUGAUGCCGCGAAGUGCAUGUUCUCUUGGGGAAAUCUUUCAGAGAAACUUCGCAUGGCCCACUUGGACUGUCGAGAAGAAGUUGUCGUGGAUCUUUUUGCAGGAAUUGGAUAUUUUUCAUUGCCUUUUCUUGUAAGAGCACAUGCUAAAUUAGUGUAUGCUUGUGAGUGGAAUCCACAUGCUAUCGAGGCGCUUCAUCAUAAUCUUCAAGUCAAUUUGGUAUCGGAUCGUUGCAUCGUACUCGAAGGAGAUAAUCGGCUUACAUCUCCUAAAGGAGUUGCUGAUCGUGUCUCUCUUGGCCUCCUGCCGUCCAGUGAGGGAAGCUGGGUUACUGCUGUGAGAGCGUUAAGGUGUGAGGGGGGUAUGCUCCAUAUACAUGGGAAUGUGAAGGACUCGGAGGAGAGUCAAUGGACACAACAUGUCAUAAACUCAAUCUCCGAGAUAGCCAAAGCAGAAGGCCGCAGUUGGAAUGUUUCGAUGGUGCAUUUGGAGAGAGUAAAAUGGUAUGCGCCUCAUAUUCGUCAUCUGGUUGCUGAUAUUAAAUGUGAACAAAUUCAAUAAUGAACUAUAUCAGAGACCAUUAGAUACCAAAAAUUUUCGAAUUCGAAUCAUCAAAACUCGAUUUCUUCUGGGAUCAUGAACGGAAAGCUGUGAAGCCUAAAGGCAUUGAGGAUGUGUGAUGGUUUAUGUAUUCUAAGAGGACAGUUUUGUAAUGUUAUCUAUUAUUAUUUUCAGCUAGUUGUAAGAGUAAAUUGAAAGGAGCUAAGCUCAGAUAUAUGAUUGGUUUCAAUUAGUUUUGUGAUUGGCUACCUGGGCUCGGGAACUCAUAUUGAGUGUCCGGCUUGGUAAUAAAGUGUCUAAGUGUCGUGCUCAUGUUCGAGUAUCAAGGAUCUGAUCAUCUGACACUGACAAUAGUAUUAGUUUUGUGAUGAUAUUUAGUUAUACUGCAUGGCAUUUUUAAAACUAAAGAAUUAAUAGAUGAAUUUUUUUUUUUUUUUUUUGAAA